AUGUUGCGGAGUCUCCUACCACAUUGUAGUUUGGCGGUUUUCAUCCUCAGUUGCACAUUUCCCGCACAUGGAAGACCAACACAGGGACUCAACAAUAGAGUAAGGAGGGCGGUCUCUGAACAUCAGCUGCUCCACGACAAAGGACGGUCCCUCCAGGAGCUCCGGCGCAGGAUCUUCCUGCAGAAUCUAAUAGAAGGGGUGAACACGGCAGAAAUACGGUCAGUGCCUGAUGAAUUGCCCCGCCCCAUCCCCAGCGUCAAGAACUUUAACACCCUGCGCCUGCCUGGCGAGGAGGAGGGAGUUACGACCCAGCUGACUCAGGAGACCCACAAAUCACAGAGCUUCAAAGACCCCCCACCGAAAAUCCCCAGCAAAAAGAAGAAGGGCAAGCCAGGGAAGAGAAAGGAGCAAGACAAGAGGAAGAGGAAAGAGCGGGCGGCGCUAGAGGGCCUGCAGGACCCGCCUGGGUCAGAACUGUGGUGGGAAGAGCUGGGCAUCAGGUCAGUAGACAGACCUCUGAGAUGA